AUGGAGUGCGAGAACAGAGCGCACGUCGCCGCCAACGGCGAUGGCUUGUGCGUGGCGCAGCCGGGGCGGCCCGACCCCUUGAACUGGGGGAAGGCGGCGGAGGAUCUGUCCGGGAGACAUUUGGACGCCGUGAAGCAGAUGGUGGAGGAGUACCGUAGGCCGGUGGUGACCAUGGAAGGCGCCAGCUUGACCAUCGCCAUGGUCGCCGCUGUGGCCGCCGGUAGUGAUACCAGGGUGGAGCUCGAUGAAUCAGCCCGUGGCCGCGUCAAGGAGAGCAGUGACUGGGUCAUGAACAGCAUGGCCAACGGCACCGACAGCUACGGUGUCACCACCGGCUUCGGUGCCACAUCCCACCGGAGGACCAAGGAGGGCGGCGCUCUCCAGAGGGAGCUCAUCAGAUUCCUUAAUGCCGGAGCCUUCGGCACAGGUGGCCGGGAACAUGUUCUGCCUGCCGCAGCAACAAGGGCGGCGAUGCUCGUCCGUGUCAACACUCUGCUCCAGGGGUACUCCGGCAUCCGCUUUGAGAUCCUCGAGACGGUUGCUGCGCUUCUCAACGCCAACGUGACACCAUGUCUGCCGCUCCGGGGCACGAUCACCGCCUCCGGCGACCUCGUUCCGCUUUCCUAUAUCGCGGGCCUGGUGACCGGUCGGGCAAACUCCGUGGCCACUGCCCCAGACGGCAGCAAGGUUAACGCGGCGGAGGCGUUCAAGAUCGCUGGCAUCCAGCAUGGCUUCUUUGAGCUGCAGCCCAAGGAAGGGCUUGCCAUGGUGAACGGCACAGCAGUGGGCUCCGGGCUUGCGUCCAUGGUGCUUUUCGAGGCUAACAUCCUGAGCCUCCUUGCCGAGGUUCUAUCAGCUGUCUUCUGCGAGGUCAUGAACGGCAAGCCAGAGUACACUGACCACUUGACCCACAAGCUGAAGCACCACCCUGGGCAGAUCGAGGCCGCCGCCAUCAUGGAGCACAUCCUCGAAGGAAGCUCCUACAUGGCACUCGCAAAGAAGCUCGGCGAGCUUGACCCGUUGAUGAAGCCAAAGCAAGAUAGGUAUGCGCUUCGCACAUCACCACAGUGGCUUGGCCCCCAGAUUGAGGUCAUUCGUGCUGCAACCAAGUCGAUCGAGCGAGAGAUCAACUCCGUCAAUGACAACCCACUCAUCGACGUAUCCCGUGGCAAGGCCAUCCACGGUGGAAACUUCCAGGGCACACCUAUCGGCGUGUCCAUGGACAACACAAGGCUCGCCAUUGCUGCGAUCGGCAAGCUCAUGUUUGCCCAAUUCUCGGAGCUGGUGAAUGACCUCUACAACAACGGUUUGCCUUCCAACCUCUCCGGCGGGCGCAACCCGAGUUUGGACUAUGGCUUCAAGGGAGCUGAGAUUGCCAUGGCCUCAUACUGCUCCGAGCUCCAGUUCUUAGGCAAUCCAGUGACCAACCAUGUCCAGAGCGCCGAGCAACACAAUCAAGAUGUCAACUCCCUUGGUCUCAUCUCCUCCAGGAAGACCGCCGAGGCCAUUGACAUACUCAAGCUCAUGUCCUCCACAUUCAUGGUCGCCUUGUGCCAAGCCAUCGACCUCCGCCAUCUUGAGGAGAAUGUUAAGGAUGCCGUCAAGAGCUGUGUGAAGAUGACGGCCAGGAAGACAUUGAGCACCACCAACAAUGGGCACCUCCACAACGCGCGAUUCUGCGAGAAGGACCUGCUGCUCACGAUUGACCGUGAGGCGGUGUUCGCGUAUGCAGACGACCCUUGCAGCGCCAACUACCCACUGAUGCAGAAGAUGCGUGCGGUUCUCGUGGAGCACGCCUUGGCCAACGGUGAGGCUGAACUCGACGUGGAGACAUCUGUCUUUGCCAAGCUUGCCGCGUUCGAGCAGGAGCUCCGUGCAGUGCUACCAAAGGAGGUUGAGGCUGCCCGGACCUCCGUGGAGAACGGCACCGCCACACAGCAGAACCGUAUCACCGAAUGCCGGUCAUACCCGCUCUAUAGGUUCGUGCGCAAGGAGCUUGGAGCUGAGUACUUGACUGGGGAGAAGACACGGUGUCCUGGGGAAGAGGUGGACAAGGUGUUUGUCGCCAUGAACCAGGGCAAGCACAUCGACGCGCUGCUGGAGUGCCUAAAAGAGUGGAAUGGUGAGCCCUUGCCUAUCUGCUGAACAGAGGAUCAAGAAACUGAAGAGAAUACAGUGUGCAGAAGGCUCUGUAUCUGCUUAGCUGAUAAGUGAUAAUAUUUUUUAAAUUGUAUUUUCUUAAGAGUCGAUGCUUUGUAAGAUGGAACAUUCUUACAGAGCUGCCAUGUUGUAGCCAAAAAUUGCAGCUGCAUAAUUUGUACAACUUCUAUGAUAUAAUUUGGAGUAAGUUAGAAGGGUACAGUGUAUGAUAAAUAUUUGUGAUAAAUGUAUUGGUCUUUUUUUACAACAGUGGUCUGGUGGAGACAACACCGAACAGUGCAAACAUCUACUGUUAGCAUGCCAUUGCCAUACAGUGUGAGGACAGAGGAGAUGAUGCCUACAAAGUCAUUGCUCCGUCUUGUGAACCUUGUGAGAAAUCGCAAAUUCUAUUAUAAAAGAUCUUUGACGGUAUCCUUGAAUGAAACCGGCCAAAAGUACUUAAAUCCAAAUAACCUAUCCCACUUACGCUAAUUAGAAAAAUAAUGUUAUCCCACUUUUGAUGUUUUCCCAUGAUUAUCACAUACUCCAUGCAUGUGGGUGUUGUACAUGUGAACAGUAAUCAAUGAUGGGUAUGCUAUGGUCAAAGUCGCUUUGCACAUGGGAGUAUCGAAACAAGAUAUUUGCAAU